AUGCCAUCUGGUGCUGGUGUACCUGCCGCACUCCACCGUCAGGCGCUCCCCUUUGAUGGAGGUGAGCAGCCGCCACUGACGCCGCUUCCCACGGAUCCCAGAGAUGACCACUCCCGCACCUCUCAGCUCUUGUUUGAGGCACCUGUGCUUCUGCCUCUCACUGCAGACCAGCGGCACCUCAUUGAGGAGCUCGAUUUCUUCAAGAAAUGGUACCUCUUUUGCCAUUUUGUGUACAUCUGCACAUGGGUUUUGAUUGGGUUUCUUGGUCUGCUCGCCAUGGUCCCUCACCUCGCAACUGUUGACGCCUUCUUUGUCGCCGUAUCCUCGGUGUGCAACUGCGGUCUGCAGUCAGUGGACGUAGGGGAAUGGUCUUCCGGUGCAACACUUUUCCGGCAUUUUUUGUUUCUACCUGGAGGUGUUGUGAUCACCAGCAGCUUUCAACCUCUUCUGCGGCUCUUCAUGUUGCACCGCGUGCGGCACGUCUUUUACCCCGAAGAGAAGGAUACACCACAGGAGGCGUUAUUACGGGCGAAGAAGCGAGCUGAGGCGCGCCGCUUACACUACGCUGCUCUCGUGAGCGCCAUCACCCCCUUUGUGUACUUCUUCGUCGUCAACGGUACCCUCAUGAUGAUGCUGUGGAGUCUCAACGUCUCACACCUUUCUGUCUUUGACGUGUUCUGCAUGACACUCGCUGCAUUCCAUAGCUCCAUCUUCUUACCCAUGGAGGCGUACGCGACGGACGCUGCUGUGACGGGCCUGGUGACAGCAGCGUGCGCACUCGGGUUUACCGCCUUCCCUGUCUUGCUUCGCUUUUUUAUGCUGUGCGAGUGGUACUCGGUGUGGGUCGUACGCCGCCUUGCCGGUCUUCUGUGCGGCUGCGUCGAGCUCUGCCGCUCGCCGUUGGAUGACACUAGCGACGGUGAGGAGAGGGGCGCCAGCGAAACUGAUGACAUCUCUGCGGCCUUGCUUCACGCUUCGCCACGCCACUCUUACUCUCCCUUGGACUGCCUACAUAAUAUAGACGCUGCAUUUCGGGAGGCGAUGACGUCUAAAGAGCCGGGCACCUUUCACCCGUUUCUUUUUCGUCCGAGUGAAACGGUCUUUUUGGGCUGUGCGUGGUGCGCCCUGACCCUGAUGCAAGCGGCCCCGUUCUGGUAUGAGCAGUGGGAUGGGGUGCUGCACGGAUACACGUGGCCGUACAAAAUAUACCUAUCUCUCUGCCAGGCCGCUGCCGUCCGCUUCGCCGCCGCCUCCUUUGUGCCGCUGCUGGAGUACAGCAAUGCUCAUGUAGCGGUAACCAUCCUCGCCAUGUACCUCCCUGCUCUCCCGAUAUCGACCGAUCGCACGUACCGCAAGUGGAGGCAAAUGUUCCGCACCUCGGUCGUCCGCCUUCUCACAUCGCGUCUCUUCUGGCUGUUCACUGGAAUGGUGAUGAUGCUCUUUGCAGAAGAGGCCGAGCUUCGGGUGCAGCUGGUCAAGAGUCGUUUUGACAUUAUGACGCGCACCUUAUUUGAAGUCAUCAGCGCUUACGCUGGAUGCGGGCUGUCGCUGUCGCUGCCCGAUUCGAAUGUGUCAUUUGUCGGUUUCACUGACACCUUUUGCAAGCUCAUCAUUGCCGCGAUCAUCCUCGGCGGUCGGCAUCGCUUCGUAGAUCUCGGCAUCGACUUGGGUUUUAGCUCUCUCCAGUCCGAUGUCCAUGCGACGUCUUUGAGCGAAAGGAUCUCUUCCUCACAGACGUGA